GUCACCCUCACCCUCCGCUUCACCCGCGCCGCAUCCCGCUCCGAAAUCACCGCCGUCGGCAUCUCCCCUUCCCCCUCCUCCUCCUCCUCCCGCACCAACAACAACGGCGCCGGCGCCGCUGCUACUACUACUACUACUCCCUCCCUCGCCUACGCAAUCUUCCCCGGCGCCCAGUCCGACCAGCGGCCCUGGAUCGACACCUUUGACCUCGUCUCCCGGCGCGGCUACUCCAAGAUUGCCGGCCCCGUGGCGAGCUUCUCUCCCACCUUGCAUUCUCCGCCUCUCCGCGUCGGAAAGUCUGCCGCUUCGUCAACCUUGCUGUCCUCCUCACCCUCUUCUUCUUCUUCUUCUUCCUCGGCGGCAGCAGAGGCGUUUCCGAGAAUCGCCACGCUGUCGUCGUCCACUCAGACCCUCACCGUCCGAGACCUCGCCUCCGCAAAAGCCCUCCUCGAACUCAAACAAGUCUCGGCCCCCAUCGCCUGGUCCCCCGACGGCCGCACCAUCGCCGCCGCCGAAGCGUCUUCUUCUUCUUCGCAGCAGCACCGCAUCGGCACGUGGGACGUCCGCACAGGGCUCCGCACCGGCCGCGUCCCGGGCCACAUUGACGCCGUCACGCACGUCUCUUUCCUCGGCUCCGACGCCAACGCCGCCAUCGUGACGCUCUCCCGGGACGGGACCGCGCGCGUCACCGAUCCCCGGACCAGCAGGACGCUGUACAAGCUCGAGGUCGACAACAACGACGCCGCCGGCGGCGGCUGCCGGAUCCCGCGCGCGCUGGGCGUCUCGCCCGACGGCGCGACGGUGGUCUCCGUCUGGGGCACGGCGGUGCACGUCUGGAUGCCGAGGCACGGGCGGCUGACGUCGUAUCGCCUCGGCGGCACGCGGCCGCCGGCGUGCGAAGGGUGGCCGCUGUGCGUGUCGCCGGACUGCAGGUACAUUGCCUGCUGGACGGAGAGCGGGUUCGACGUCAUGGAUGCGGCGUCGGGGAGCGUCGUGUGUGCGAGGGAGGGCGGGCCGCUGGUCACGGCGGCGGCCUUUUCGGUGGAUGGGAGGGUGUUAGUCGUUGGGCGGAUUAGUGGCGACGUGGAGGUUUGGGAUGUUGUUGAUGAG